AGCCAGAAGUGACAUCACUUUCCAGAAUUCCCCUUCAGUACCGUCUCAACGACGAAGAAGAGCAAGAGCGACGCUGAAAACAAGGAGUGAGCAACUGUCUGUGAUUCCCACGCUAAUCUAACAACCAAGACAUUAAAGGAUGUCUCUGUAUCCAUCUCUCGAAGACCUGAAGGUCGACAAGGUCAUCAAGGCCCAGGCCCAGUUUGCCCAGACUACCACCCCCAUGCCUGCCAUCACUGAGGGAACCUAUCAGCUUCAGCCUGCUACUGCUGGGAUGCCAGGAUCAAGCUUGUACCCAAACCUGGAGGAGCUGGGAGACUACAUGGGACUGGCUCUCAACAGUGAUGAAGUCCAGAGGAACUUGGCCCUGUUGCCCGUGGCUGAUAAUCAAGUGGCAGUGCCCUCCAGCUCAGGUGUCGGGGGCAUGGUGCGGCCCGUCACAGGGGCGGACGUCGGCAUCAGGCGGGCAGAGAUCCGCCCAGGACUGCGGGAGAUUAUACUCUGUAAGGACCAGGACAGGAAGGUGGGACUCCGGCUCAGGGCCAUCGACAACGGAGUGUUUGUCCAGCUGGUACAGGCCAACUCCCCUGCGGCUCUGGCCGGGCUUCGUUUUGGAGACCAGGUCCUGCAGAUCAAUGGACAGAACUGUGCCGGCUGGAGUGUAGACAAGGCCCACAAGGCGUUGAAGGCUGCGGCCGAGACCCGCAUUGAGCUUGUGGUCAGGGACAGGCCAUUUCAGCGCACCGUCACCAUGCACAAAGACAGCUCAGGCCACGUGGGCUUCAUCUACAAGUCUGGAAAAAUCACCUCACUGGUCAAGGAUGGCUCUGCUGCCCGCAACGGUCUGCUGACUGAGCAUUACAUCUGUGAAAUCAAUGGACAAAACAUUAUUGGACUCAAGGAUUCUCAGAUCAAGGAUAUUUUGACCACCUCUCCGACCGCCAUGACCAUCACCAUCAUGCCCAAGUUCAUCUAUGAACACAUGAUUAAGAGGAUGUCCACCGGCCUCCUGCGGUCAGCCAUGGAUCACUCUGUCCCAGAGGUGUGAAGACCAUGAGGAGGACUGUACAACUGUCUGGAUGUCUACAACACAGAGAUCUCUCUCUCUCUCGUUCUCUCUUUCCUUACUCAUAUCUUUAUCUCUCUCUCUCUCUCUCUCUCUCUCUCUCUCUCUCUCUCUCUCUCUCUUUCUGUCCUCAUACCAAAUCACCUCCUGCAUCGCAAUCAUCAUCGCCGUUUCUCAUCCUUAACAUAAUCUUAAGAUGCCUUUUUUUCUAUUCUUCAGUUCAGAAUAUUCUUCACCUUUUCUACAUUUUCCUCAUCUCUGUUGACAUUUGUACUUUUUAUAUGUUAACCUUGUAGUCUGAGUAUUACAUGUUUUUUUUUCUUGUUUUGUAUUUGAGAUCACGGGCAGUACAAAAUGUUUUUUAAGCCAUGCACACUAUCAUGAGUCCAGAGCUUCCUCCUCAGUGUGGAGAUGAAUCAUUGGCACAAGACGUUUCACCUUGUUAAAAAUGCUGUAACAGCCAAUGGUCAGUCAUCAGAGCCCUACAGUACCAUGUAGAUUACAGCUGUGCUCUCAAUCCCUGCACUUGGCCUCGUAAUGUGUGUACAUACAUAAUCUGAGCUGAACUAACACCUGGUGGGGGGGCCUCGUGAAAAAGUUUGCUGACGUUGUUCUAGAUUCCAGUGUACAGUUAUUUUUACUAGGCCAGUAAAAAUAAUAGGUUUUAGCAAAGGGUUGUUUUUAGUUUUCACCAUAUACUGGUGAAUAUUAGUGUUGAUUUUGGCAUCAAGAUUAUGAUCUUAUUUUAGAGACCCUAGAUUCCAACAUGCAAGUGAGAGAGGCAACAUCGCAGUUUCCACCUUCUCCAAGAGAUGACCAUGUGUCAUCGCAGUCAUAGAUAAAUAAUCAUCACGUUUAUUAUAAACAAGAGGAUUAUUUAUGAGUGUCUCUGUUUUGUUUUGUCCGUUUACAUCGCUACGACCGAUACAUUGUUCAGGAUGUGGAGCUGUGCACGCUGCUACUCUCUACUAUAGCUUGAUGUAUCAUUGCAUCUCAUUUCCUGUCUCUGUGAGCAAAUUUCACGAUGAGACGCUGACGUGUUCAAACUGUUGGUACUUGGAACACUGUGUGCACAUUCCAGGGGAAAGUGUAGGGAAAAGGCACAGCAGUAGACGUUUGUCGCCCUAUGCAGCUGGAACUUGGCCCUGUCCACAAACAUUAUGACAACAAUGAGAUGGUCAACGGCACAGAUGAGCAGGAUCCCAGCGCAGCAUGUGGGUGUUUGACUGAUUUAAGCGCUUCAAACUGUAACUUUUGAGGGCCUUGUUGGUAUUUGUUUGGACAGGGUCUGUGAUGGGCAGACCCACUAAGUGCACUUUUCCACUACCUUUUAAAAGGUUGACUUUCCUGUAUCCAUUUCAACAGUCAAGUCCGAUAGUUGUGUUCGUGGCGCCUCAUGUCAAUGUAUGUUAACUAUAGGAAACUGCUCAAAUUUGAUGCUGAAAAUCAUCUGCUCAGAUUAAAGGCAUUUAAAUUCCACAUCCUGUGUUUAGCUAGUGAACCUGCUCUCUUCUGCUCGGAGCUGUUAGUGGACUUCCCUCUGUAAUAUUCCUUCCUUGACUGAUGAGCACAGUGAGACUGAGCAGAGCUCACAGUUGUGAAUUUCUACUUGUUAUAUAGAGUUGCUCCUUUUAAUGCUGUUCAUGUUUGGAUGCAUGUAUUCCUUUAAUUUUCUAGGUAUGCAAUCUGAUAAACAUCCAUGUCAUUCUGUAAAAAAAAAAAUUAGAAAAAUCUAAAAGUUUAUAUACGAAUGUAACCAAGAUAAUAUUGUAAAACAAAUAAACAAUCUUUCUGUUCACGUUA